CCACACAGACACACACACAGUGAGUUAGGCAGAGUGUGUGUCCUGGUGCUGCAACAUCACACUCCAAACACACACAGAUUCUACCACACAGGAACACACACACACAGUGAGUUAGGCAGAGUGUGUGUCCUGGUGCUGCAACAUCACACUCCAAACACACACACACACAGAUUCUACCACACAGGAACACACACACACAGAGUGAGUUAGGCAGAGUGUGUGUCCUGGUGCUGCAACAUCACACUCCAAACACACACAGAGAGAUUAGCAUUAGCGUUAGCUCGGUGCUGGGAGGAGAACACACACACACACACCCGGAGUCAUGAUUAAACUGUUCUCUUUAAAGCAGCAGAAGAAGGAUGAGGAGUCCGCGGGGGGAAACAGAACCGGUGCCGGGGGAAAGAAAGCCAGCGCGGCCCAGCUGCGGAUACAGAAAGACAUCAAUGAGCUGAAUCUCCCGAAGACGUGUGAGAUCGUUUUUCCAGAUCAGGAUGAUCUACUGAACUUUAAACUCAUCAUUUCACCAGAUGAGGGCUUCUACAAAGGAGGAAAGUUCGUCUUUAGCUUUAAAGUAGGACAGGGCUACCCUCAUGACCCUCCGAAAGUAAAAUGUGAAACGAUGGUGUAUCACCCCAACAUCGACCUGGAGGGCAACGUGUGUUUAAACAUCCUGAGAGAAGACUGGAAGCCGGUGUUGACGAUUAACUCCAUCAUAUACGGUCUGCAGUAUCUGUUCUUAGAGCCGAACCCUGAGGAUCCUCUGAACAAGGAGGCGGCGGAGGUGCUGCAGUCGAAUCGGCGGCUUUUCGAGCAGAACGUCCAGCGCUCACUACGCGGCGGCUACGUCGGAGCCACCUACUUUGAGCGGUGUCUCAAAUAAUGACAGCGACGACGCUCAUCGUUUACACACGCUGAGACACUGACUGACACUCUGACCGCUGGGGGGGGGGGGUGACCUGGGGAGGGGCGGGAUUUAGGGGGAGGGCUUCGACUGAAGGUUCGAUCAGUCAGUAAAUGUUGCACGGAGAAUUGCGUGGCAGUGAAACACUGCUGUGAAGUUUGGUUAUUACACACACACACACAGAGGUUCAUGACAGAUUGACGGACAGACGGACUGACUGAGCGCAGGAUGAGAGUGGCUCUGACAGAAUGGGAGGUCAAAUGUUUUUGUUAAGUUUUUCUCCAUGUGUACCUGUUGCAGGGGGGUGGGGGGGGCAGCAUGGGGAGACCAUGAGGGUGGGCAGGGGGCGUGUCUACUUUUUGUGCAGAGGGUCUGAGUUUGUUGGGGCGACAGAGAUCUUACAAUCCUCUUGUGUAUAUUAAAAUCCCAGCUGUUCACAAUGACUGCAAUAUGAAUUAUGUUAAAUAAAAUAUGGACUUGAAUGCUUA